AUGUCUUCCAUUUUCAGCAAGCGCCUCUCCACAUCGACUGUGGGCUCCAAGUCAACGACUGACUCCAAGUCGCCCAAAUCACCACGCAGCCCACGAGAUGGUGGCCCUACCGAAUUUCCCACGCCAAAGCCACGACCGACCUUCCUGCAGCGUAUGAGCGGCUUUCUGCCAUCUAUACCAGCCUUCAUGAAAACUGCCCGUCGGCCAAGAUCAGCCCCUGAGCUCAGAAGACACUCAAAUCUGCAACCCACAUCCCCGACCGAGGCCAGGCCCCUUCUCACAUAUCACCCGGGCAGCACAACACUGCCUGUACUCUCUUCAACGGCGGUGGUGCGAAGUGAUGGAUAUUAUUACUUUCCUGAGUACAAGCCCAACCAAUCACCCUCCCGCUUCUCGGGACUAUGCCCAACCCUCGAAAAGCUAACGCAUAGUCGCCCGUCCAGCAAAGGCUCCUCGGAGGUCCACCACGAUCAUGCCUCCGGCCCCAAUUCAAUGCCAUCUGAUCUCGACCUCCGCGUCUUAGAGGAGUACGCACGCAGCUCCAACCCGCCGAUCCCACGUCUCACCCCCGUCAAAGAGGGAUCCACGCCGCCUGACAUUUACACUUCCGCGUUUCCCAACGGCCACCACUCUCCCAACCCUCCUAGAACCCUUCGUUACAAUCCCACCACCCGCACCCUAACAAACCGCCCUCGCUCCCGCGGCAAACCCACCCCCUCCCCUCCCUCCUCUCCCAACGCAACCCCCAGACCACCCCUCCACCACAUCCACGGCCUCCCCCACGCCUCUCAACACCCCUACAUCCACCACCGCGACGUCCCCUACUACCACGAAGCCCCCCGCCCGCGCCCACAGCGCCCAGCAACCGCAAACCCAACCCCCGGCUGGAGCGACACGGUCUACUACACGCCCUACCACGCCAUCCCCCCACCCCCUCCGCGUCCCACAAGCCCCGUAAUCCGCAACGUACUCGGCGGCCACCACCGUCCCCACGUCGCCUUCGCAGAACCCGUGAACCUCCUAACCGCGACCUUCGACUCGCGCGGGAACAUGGUCCAGGAGAGCGAUUCGAGCACUACCACGUCGUCUGCGUCGACGACGCGGGUGGGGGGGCUGAGGCCGGAGAUGCGCGGUGGUGGCGCGGCGGAGGGGUUUCAGUGGCCGACGGGGAAGAUACCAACGAUGCGCGGCGGUGGGGGGAGGGGGGAUGUGAGGAUCCCGGGGGGGUUGUGGUUUUUGGCGGGGGGGAGGGGGAGGCCGGGGACGGUGGAUGGGUGGAGAGCGCAGAAGGGGAGGCCGAAGGGGAGGGGGGCGCCGUGGUUGUUUUUUGGGGGGAUGGAGGGGAGGAAGGGGAAAAGGGGGAAGGGGGGGACGAUGGCGGAGAGUAGACAGCUGGUGGUGGAGGACGUCCCCCCGCCUAUGAAGGCGGGAGGGGAUACUGCUGGAGCUGGCGAGGUUGUGGACGAGGUUGCUCUUGGGCUUACCUAUGUCCGUCCUGAGGAGACUCCGGCUCCGGGUCCCACAAACGGGGACGCAGGUCAGGCUCCGCCGCCACCUAAGAGUCUUGCUGCCGGGCCUGCGGUUGAUAACGCGGCUGCAAAAGCAUCACCUCCUGGAAGCAAUGCACCUGCAAAUCCCUCCCGACCUCGAAGCAAUGCAGCGCUGAAUGCAUCUCCGGCUAGAAGCAAUGCGUCUGCAAAUACCUCGCCACCGAAGAGCAAUGCAGCUGCAAACCCCUCACCACCGAGGAGCACCGUAGCUGCGAAUCCGUCGCCGCCUAGGAGUAAUGCAGGUGGAGCGGCGAAUGCCUCACCACCGAGAAGCAAUGCACCGGCAAAUGCUACACCACCUAGAAGCAACGCACCUGGGAAUGCCUCGCCGCCGAGAAGCAAUGUCUCUGGAACUGGUGGCAAUAACGCAGCUCCGACCGCCUCGCCUGCGAUAAGUAAUGCAGCUCCAAAUCCCUCGCCGCCUAGGAGUAACGCAGCUCCUGCUCCGUCGCCACCGAGAAGCAACACACCUGCGAAUGCUUCUCCGCCUGGAAGAAAUGCAGCUGCAAACCCCUCUCCGCCUAGGAGCAAUGCCGCAGGUGCGAAUCCCUCCCCGCCUCGAAGUAAUGUAGCUGGAGCUGCGAAUCCCUCCCCGCCUCGAAGCAAUGCCGCUGGAGCUGCAAACCCCUCUCCACCACGAAGCCAAGCCUCAGCCACUGCACGCUCGCCCGCCGCACCCGCAGAGCCAACUAGCCCACCUGCACCCAAUCCCGCAGCCGAUGAUGCUCAAAGGGCCGCUUCCAACGCAAACAGCGUAACGCCCUCAGAGAGCAUAUCCAACGUCGCAUCCCGGCCGCACGGCAGUGCCGUAGGAACGUCUAAUGCAAGCAAUGCCAGCGCGCGGUCGCGAGUCUCCGCUGUAGUGGACACGAGGGCUCAGGUCGGAGGGCCGGCGAGCGCUGCAGGAGCUAGAUCUGUCGCGGGGAGCGUGGCAUCGCAAGGUGGAGCUGCGAAAACGGGGAAUGCUGAAACGUCGGGUGAUGGUGGUAAAGCAGGGAGCGCUACGGCGCAGAGUAGGGUGUCUAAUGAAGGGGGUGCGGUUCCGCUGAAAGAUAGGUCUCCAGGGUGA